CUUCUCCAUACAUUCCACAGGUUAAACUUGUAUCAGUAACGUUUAUUUGGCUUGAUGCGAAGCACUUUUGCCUUAAAAGAGUGUUUUAUCGCAGCACAAAUGUAUCUUUCGACAGUCCAAUUCGGGACAGCAACGCAAAAUGUGUUCAACUUCUCGAGUUUCAUGGAAUCAAAUUCGCUCAAAGUUUGACAAAAUCCGCCAACUGUGGUCCGACGAAGAACCCCGAGGUGAUUGCUUCUGGUUGCUGGAUUUGAUCACGCUGAUUGGAGGGAACAAAGGUGCAACCACAUCCAGGUUCAAAGGGAGGCAUUACAUUCGCUUCCUCAGCAAUUCCCUGUUUGCCUACCAAGGCUUCGUAUUCCUCCUCCAAGUGAUUCAUUCGCUGCACAACCACAAGGACGAUGUGGCUCUUGUCGUAUUUGAAGUUUUAAAACUGUUUAUUUACUUGGUUUCAGUUUCGAAGAUGGUCGUCUUCGCACACCUCCGAAAACCGAUCGCAACCAUUAGAGAUUUUGUUAUUGGAAACAGCGUGAACUCCGGUAGCACAGAUUUCGAUGAGUUUGAGCAACGGAAUUUCAAUCAUUAUGCUCGAACAACGAUGAAGCUUUCGAUUGGUCUGAUGCUUGUGAAUUUUGUUGCUUUUUCGGUGCCAAACUCUGUUACAGAAAAAGCUCUUGGAUUACCACCUCUGCUGCAGGGCUUCGGACAACCAACAUCGAGUAUCCUGCGCUGUCUAGCCGUAAAUUUCAUGCCCUUUGGAAUCGUUUCCAGAUUCUUUACAAAUUUUACAACCGUUGUCGCUCUGCUACUGGGAAUGCGCGCCAAGCUUAGAAUGCUUGCUUAUCGAUAUGCGCAGAUUUUGGUUCACUCAAGGAUUGACGCGGAUUACACAUUGGCGCUCAUCAACCGAGAUAUACGAGAAACAUUAAAUCAGCAGUUGGAAUAUUGGAGAGUGUUACACGAUCUGAAACAUUUGGUAGGAAACAUGUUUUUCCUGGUUCAUUAUUCGUCAAUUUUCACCGUCGGUGCGUUUAUGUUCAUUGCUCAACACACUGGAGUGAACAUAUUCUCAGCAACGCUUGCCUCCGGAGCCACGUUUUUCUUGCUGGAACAUUACUUUCAGUGUCGCUUGAUUGACACGCUUCAGGACGAGGUCAACUCAAUUAGCUAUGUGAUUUACGAACUAUGUGCAAAACUGCCGUACAGUCGGACAGCGAAUCGUUCGGAGUACGUCCAAAUGAGAUCGUCGUUGAUGAUCAUAUCGAUGAACACGAGCGGUGGGGUAUCGAUGAGUUGCUUCGGUAUCUCUAAUAUCUCAACGCUGACGUUCGUCGACUUGGCACAUACUGCUUAUAUAGUGUUGACUUUUUUCAUAAGUAUUGGUUGAGUUACUGGAGUGCCAUUUGUACUACGUUUCAACGGAUCAGAUCUUAAGCUUGAUUGACAGUAAUUUGCCUGACCCACAACACUUAUACCUAUGAAAAUCUAAUCAGAUAAAUACUAACAUGCAUUUUUAGUGUGUAAGUGUUGGAGAUAUUUGAAUUUAAGGCUAGACAGAUGCCUACCACAACAGAUCGCAGGUCAAUGUAAAAUAGGGUAAGGAACUACGUUUGCACAACAUCAUGUGGUUGUUGGAUUGUUUGGAAAAUGAUUGUUUGGCAGAUAGAUAAAAUUAUAUAAAAUAUUCACAAAUUUCAUAAUGAUAAAAUUUCCUUUUCCGGCACUAUCUUAUCCACUGGGAUCGGUUUAUUUUUAUUUUGCAUGAAUUCUCUAACUUAAGAGAAUCGUGAUCUUAACAUUACAUAUUUUGGAAAUUUUAAAUCUAACAAUUCCCAAAACAUUUUUUUCGGUUUCUGUAACGGUUUUUGGGUUUCGGAAACAGUAGGUUGUUGGCCUAAGGUCCCCUAUCCACCGAGGUGGAGCUGCCACCUUAGGUAUAGCUGCCGGUGGAGGAGCAUUUCAUUUCAUUAUCAGCCACUGGAUGCCAGAACAGACGCUGUUUGAGCCGCACCUCCUUGGUGAACAGACGUUCUAGACGUAUCUCCUCAAUCUAGCUGAAGUCAAAAUUACAUCAGUACCCAGGCUGCACUACCCGCUAAGCACACAACUCUUAGCUGGCGCUCUUUGUUAUAGCUUGACCCGUGGAAGCAUGCGGUAGGAACUUGUGAGGCCCAGCGCUAUGUUGGACGCUCUCCUUAUCGACUCACCGUUUUGUAGCCCACAGUCAACAAAACAUAUUAUAUGUAUAGAAACAGAUUUCCACAUGAGGUGUAACAUUUGUUAAAAACAGCUUGUUGCGCUCAUCAUUACAUUUGAUUCGUAAAAAAAACUAUGAUAUAGGAAUAAGAAGAAGAACACUUUCAAAUACAUUCAAUGUUAGUUGAUCAAAAAAAAUUAUUGUUAUAUACAACAUGAUUUGCCUUAAAUUCAUGUUCUAUCCCAAUCAUUAAUUACAGUUGAAGGACCCAGAUACUAAGUGAAAUAAGUAUUGUUAAUGAAAAUUUUGGUAAGAGCAAUGUA